AUGCACCAGCUGCCAGGCACCAGGCACCAUGCACUAGGCACUGAGCACCAGACACCAACACUAUGCAACAAGCACCAGGCACUGAGCACCAGGCACCAAGCACUAUGCAGCAACCACCAGGUACUGAGCACCAGGCACCAAGCACUACACAGCAAGCACCAGGUACCAAGCACCAGGCACCGUGCAACAGGCACCAAGAACCAAGAACAAGGCACCUUACACCAGCUGCCAGGCACCAGGUACCAUGCACUAGGCACUGAGCACCAGACACCAUCACUAUGCAGGAAGCACCAGGUACUGAGCACCAGGCACCAAGCACCAGGCACCAAACACCAAGAACAAGAGACUGUGCACCAGCUGCCAGGCACCAGGUACCAUGAACUAGGCACUGAGCACCAGGCACCAAGAACUACACAACAAGCACCAGCGCACCAGCUGCCAGGCACCAGGCACCAUGCACUAGGCACUGAGCACCAGGCACCAACACUAUGCAACAAGCACCAGGUACUGAGCGCCAGGCACCAAGCACUACACAGCAAGCACCAGGUACCAAGCACCAGGCACCGUGCAACAGGCACCAAGAACCAAGAACAAGGCACCUUACACCAGCUGCCAGGCACCAGGUACCAUGCACUAGGCAUUGAGCACCAGACACCAUCACUAUGCAGGAAGCACCAGGUACUGAGCACCAGGCACCAAGCACCAGGCACCAAACACCAAGAACAAGAGACAGUGCACCAGCUGCCAGGCACCAGGCACCAUGAACUAGGCACUGAGCACCAGGCACCAAGAACUACACAGCAAGCACCAGGUACCGAGCACCAGGCACCAAGCAGCAGGCACCGAGCAGCAGGCACCCAGCACCAGCCACCAAGCAGGAGGCAGCAAGUUCCAAGCACCAGGCACCGAGUAUCAGGCACCAAGCACCAGUCACGAAACAACAAGACAAACGGCAGUCGUACGGCGCGCUGCGCCUAG